AUGCCUAUAUUUCAGAAAAUCCUCAAAUCUCUCAAUUCCAAAAAGCCAAUGCCAGCUCCCGAGCCACAGUCAAUUCCAGAAACAAAAGCAGCCGAACCACAAGCGGCAGAAACACCAGCGAUGGCUCCCAACACUAUGAACAUCCAGCUCCAAAACCGAACGGAGUCGAGCCAAGUAUAUGCCUACAUCACUGGUCUGGCUCUGGAACAAAACAACUCACCUUGCCUCAUCAAAGCCGACGGCAAGACACCCUACUAUCCCACAUCCCCAUCAGCCAUCCUCCAGCCCCUUCAGGAAGACUGCUCCAUCAAGCUUGGCCCUCCGGGGAGUACCACGACGGCCACCAUCCCUCAGCUAGCUGGUGGUCGCAUCUGGUUCUCGGUCGGGAAGGAGCUCCAUUUUCUGAUCAAUCCUGGCCCGGCGCUGGUGGAGCCGAGUAUCUCGAAUCCGUCUGACCCGAACAUCGAUAUCGAGUGGGACUUUUGCGAAUUUACGUUUGCUAACAAUAGCAUCUACGCGAAUAUCAGCUAUGUAGACUUUCUCAGCAUGUCAAUCUCACUGACAUUGACACCCACGCAAGGUGCUGAUCAGAUAGUCCUGGGUCUAAAACCCGACGGCUUCCAAAGCGUCGUCGACGGACUGCAAGCUCAGAGUCUUGUCGACAGCAACGACUGGCAUAAGCUCGUCUACACGGCCAACGGAAAACCCCUCCGCGUCCUGAGCCCCAACAACGCAAUCGUCAUGAACGGCGGCAACCUCUUCCAAAAUUAUUACGACUCCUACGUCAACCAGGUCUACGAAAAGUACGCCUCCAUGCCGCUGCAAAUCGACACCCAGGCGCAAUGGGGCCUUGUCGCCGGCACCGUCUCCAACAACGCCAUUAGCUUCCCGGGCCUCGGCGCCUUCCCUAAACCUACUACCGCCGACAUCUUCUCCUGCUCCUCGGGCCCCUUCGCCGACAACGCCGGCGCGCUGGGCCCCCUCACGGCGAGGAUAGCGGCUGGGUUCAAUAGAAGCACGCUGCUAAACGAGCAAGUGCACCCAAACCAGGAAAAGGUAGACGAGUUCUACAAGGCGGGUAUCACGAAUCAUUAUGCGCGGCUGGUGCACGAGGCAAAUCUGGAUGGGAGAGGCUAUGCGUUUCCGUAUGAUGAUGUCCCGGCGGGGGGUGGUGGUGUUGAUCAGAGUGGAUUUGUAAAUGGAAGUCCCAAGGCUUUUGUUGUUAGUAUUCAUAGAGAAGGCGUGGAGCUAUGA